AUGGUGUCUCUAAUUAUUAUUGGGGUCUUCUGGUACAAGCAAACCCAAGAUGCAGCCCCUUCCUUAGUCAUCUACGGUGACUCUAAAACCGAGAAGAAAGAACGGUUGGAGAUGGACACUGACAAAGGGAAUCUGUCUACAGAGCUUUUCAUCAGCAAGGUGGAGAUGGGGGACGCCGGGAUCUACCAUUGUGCUGCAA